UGGCACCGCCAUUUUCAGGAGAUUUGGAUUCUAUCGAUCGCUGUCAAUGACAUAAGAGGAAAUUACGUAAGUAAAAGGAAAUGACAUAAGAGGAAAUGGGGAGGGGGAAGAAAUUUGGCGUGACACCGCCAUAAAAAAAAUAAUAAUAAAAAAGGAAGACGGACAAAGUACUUCCGGUCUUCUUCUUGUUUAUCUGGUGCUCAGCGGUGUUGUGAUAUUUUUGGACUUUAAUUUCUAAAUAAUAUGGCGUCCAAACGCUUGGCGUCUUCGAAGGCUCCCCCCGCCGAACCGAAGCGCCGGAGAAAAAUGCUCACUAUUGUUGAAAAGGUGGAACUCCUUGACAUGUUGAAGUUAGGUAAAAGCUACACGAGUGUCGGCCGCCAUUACGGAAUCAACGAGUCAACUGUACGCUACAUAAAGAAGGACGAAAAAAACAUAAGGGCGACGGCAGCCAUUACUCUUAAUAAGAACGCGAAGAGGGUGGUGACGCCGCGGAAUAAGACCAUUGUGAAGAUGGAGUCCGUACUGGCUGUGUGGAUCAGUGAAUGCAAGAUGAAAAAUAUCCGGCUCGACACGAACAUCAUCCGCACGAAGGCGAAGAAGCUUUAUGAAGAUUUUGCUAAAAGUGACUAUGUUCCCGACGGAUGCCAGAACGACGCCGCCGAGGAAGGGCAAGUCCGACUGGCAGGAGGCCACGGGGAAGCCCCAGGACACAUUGGGAAGACUAUGUCAGCCGGCUGGCCUGGGAACGCUUCGGGAUCCCCCGAGAAGAGCUGGACGAAGUGGCUGGGGAGAGGGAAGUCUGGGCUUCUCUGCUUAGGCUGCUGCCCCCGCAACCCGACCUCGGAUAAGCGGAAGAAAAUGGAUACAUUUAGGCAAGUCCGACGGGCAGGAGGCCGCGGGGAAGACCCAGGACAUAUUGGGAAGACUAUGUCUCCCGGCUGGGCUGUCGAACGCCUCGGGAUCCCCCGAGAAGAGCUGGACGAAGUGGUUGGGGAUAGGGAAGUCCGGGCUUCUCUGCUUAGGCUGCUGCCCUUGCAACCGGACCUCGGAUAAGCAGAAGAAAAUGGAUGGAUUUAGUAUGACAGUUAUACUGUCAUAUUAAGUAAAAAAAACUAACUUACAAAAUAUAUUUUUUCUAGUAAAUCUAACAAAGAUACAUUUCUCCAAGCAUUAUAAGUCAUUUUGCAUUUGUUGUUUAGGAGUUAUGUUUAAAUAACUGUCAUAGUAAGUAAAACCUAAUUUUUGUAUUUGCAAAAACCUUACAAAAACAACUGAUUCUAGUAAAACUCACAUGGAUGCAAUUUUGCAGGCAUUUUUAGACAGGAUGCAUGUU